AUGGUCGGCUCUAAAGACCUCCCUCCAUCAACUCUCUCCUUUGGGCGCGUCUUCUACAACAAUCAAUUCUGUGCGAAGCCGCAAUGGCCGGCCCCGGGCACCAGUCUUUCCGGCAAAACCGCGAUUAUCACGGGCGGGAACACAGGUCUAGGCUUUGAAGCCGCCCUUCAACUGUUAGAUCUCGAGUUGUCCCGCUUGAUCCUAGCUGUGCGCUCACUCCAGCGAGGCGAAGAAGCCGCCACGAAGCUUCGUCGCCGAUAUCCCACUGCAACUAUCAGCGUGCAACUUCUCGAUAUGACGUCUUACGAGUCUGUCCAAGAUUUCGUACGUCGCAUUGACAACGAGGUGGAUCGCAUCGACAUCGCCCUUCUCAAUGCCGGAGCGAUACGGAUGGGCUUUACCAAAGUCCCUAGCACUGGUCACGAGGAGACAAUUCAAGUCAACUACCUGUCAACUAUGCUCCUCGCCCUACUUCUUCUCCCUGUUCUGAAGGCCAAACGUCAGAAUAAUGGCGGCCCCGCGCGUCUUACAAUCGCCAGCGCAGCUUUAACGUUGGCAGCCGCGUUUCCCAAUAGAGCUGCCGACCCCCUCCUCCCAUCCUUUGAUGAUCCCGAAGUCUUCGCCAUCCACGGCCGGGAAGCCUAUAAUACUUCGAAGCUGCUCGCCCACAUGUUUCUCUGGAAACUGGUAGAUUAUGUUUCGGCUGACGAUGUAAUUGUCAACCUCGCAGAUCCGGCGUGGUGCAAAGGCACAAACCUAGCCCGAGAUGCACAGGGCAUCAUGAAAUUGGGAGUCGCGGUAUUUGGGGCAACGACUGGACGAACGCCACGAGUAGGUGCCUCUUGCUUUGUUGAUGCCAUUGUCAACAAAGGCAAAGAGUCUCAUGGGUGUUUCCUUAUGAGCUGGAAAAUUCAUCCGUUUGCUGCGUUUCUCUACACCUCCGAGGGCAUCACUGUUACAGAUCGUCUUUGGGAAGAGACACUACAAGAGCUUGACUUUGCAGGCGUUCGAUCCAUCUUGAAAGCGUUAUAG